ACUGGCACCUCCUGCUUCUCCUGUGCCUUCCUGUCAGGCUGAGUGACAGUCCUCAGCGGGCAAGAGGGUGUAAGAGGAGCACAGCUCUGUGCCUUGGACUACGGGAGGAUUGCUGAGCUUCUGGCUGCCUUCUCCCUGCUCAGAGUAUUUGCCAAGAGAAAAACUUCUUCCUGGCAUGGCAAGUGGGAAGGCCUUAAAUCAUGAACUUUCUAAGCUUUUCAAUGAGAUGUGGGAUGUAGAUGUUCACCGCCUUAGGCCUGGGGAAGACUACACAAUUGAUGUGCAGGGAAAAGCAGGCCCAGCACAGCAAGGUGACGGUGCUGUCCAGGACAACGCAGCCAGACAUCUCUUUCACAACGUAAAUGAAGAACGCCUGAAGAGCAUAAAAACUUUUGCAACCUUUAUUUCCUUAUUGGACAACUAUGAGACAUCAACUGGUGUAGCAGAAGUAGUGACUCCAGAAGAAAUAGCUGAAAACAAUUGUUUCCUUGAUGCGAUCUUAGCGACAGAGGUCAUGAGACUAGCUCAUGACUAUCUGCUGAAAAAAAAUCUAGCAAAGCCAAACCUUGCUGAUUUCAAGCAUCAGCUUUAUGACAUCUGGUUCCAGCUCUAUGCCAGGAAAGAGGGAGACAGACCUGAUUCUUGUGGUUUUGAACAUGUUUUUGUUGGAGAAACAAGGCGUGGUAAAGAGAUCUUAGGUUUGCACAACUGGGUGCAAUUUUACCUUCAGGAAAAGCACAACCAGAUUGAUUACAAGGGAUACGUGGCUCGGAAGAACAAAACUAGGCCUGACAAAGAUGACCAAGUUUUGAGCAUCCAGUUCAGCUGGAAGGGCUCAGUCAAGCCAAUUGGAAGCACCUUUGUUGGUGUCAGCCCAGAGUUUGAAUUUGCCCUUUACACAGUCAUUUUCCUGCUGUCUGAAGAAAGAGUCACACGUGAAACAGUGAAGAUAGAUGAGUAUGAGCUACAGAUGGUUGUCUGGCGCCAUGGUAACCACAUUGGAACAGCAUACCCAGUACUGCUCAGCACCACUAGUGAAGACUAGUAGAGUGAGCAGGAACCAUUUCUUUUUAAAUCAGGGGAAAGGAGGAGUGGUGGAGAGAGGAGGAAUGGAUGGGGGGUGGACAGGGCCAGACAGCAAAGUUAAUAUGUUGUUUUAUACAACUCAUUUCAAGUAAAAAUUGAUGACUCUGUC